AUGCAUUUCUACAAUACCAUUAUCGCUCUCACCGCUCUCACUGCCAGCGUCAGAGCCCUACCACCUCGCAAAGUCACAUCGCGCAAUGCAAUCGGUAACGUUAUGACAGGUACAGGCGGGCUAGCACCUGGCGGGUCGAUCAACGGUGCAAGCCCAAACUGUACAGACCCCUUAGCGUUGGGGAAUUUUAUAUGCGAUGGCGGUCUCGUAAACAUCGCAUCAAACAACGCUGGAGCAGGAGGGGAGGGAAGCUCAGGUUCGGCAGCCAUCCAAAAGGUCGGGUCAAAAAAGUUUAGGACAUCAAAGUUCAAGGGCAUCAAGGGCGCCCCCGCAGAGAACGUGUCCACCGGAACGGGUGGAAUAGCACCAGGUGGCUCUGUCAACGAUAUCCCCGGCAGUCUCAUCAACAUUGGCUCAAGUAAGGUCCACAAUAUCUUGAUAAUGCAGGAAACGGCGGGACGGGAACGAGCGGUGACGUACUAUGAGCGUGAAAAGUAA